GUGGGAGCAAGGAGAGAACGGACACCAUGUAAUUCAUCCGGACCAUCGUUGUUGAAGCUUGUUCGGUCAGUUGAACCAGACACAGAGAAAGACACAGAGAGACACGCACGUACGUAGGCUGGCAGACUUCAGCAAGAAACGAACGAAUCAUGGGGCGAGGUGUGGCGGGUCGCGGCACACUCGCUUGUGUGCAUUGAAGUCUUUCUUCUGACACACACUCGAACAGUAGCGCGUCACCCCACACUUCAGACACAGCAAAUCGGCUCCGAUCUUCCCGCAUGCGCCACACCUCUUCAUCACCGUCACACACUCAACCUGCACACACACAUACAUACACUCAUCCAUCCAUCCACCCACCCACCACUGAACAGACCGAGCCUUAUCUUUCUUACGGCUUCCUUGGGCAGUCCGGGGAUCGGCCACUCACCCCCAUUGAACCCCUGCACCAGAUCCAACGGCGUCCUCCCCAGACCAUUCCUACACACAAACAGAGACACCACGCUCACAGGGUGCACAGAAGCGGUCCAUUGAGAUGUGUCCGGCCCACCUGAUGGCCACUGUGGCCCCACUCUCUUGCAGAAGUGCGACACACGGCCCAUCACGCGCCUCCGCAGCAAAAUGAAGAGCCGUAUAACCUGUCGACAGAAGCAAACACGCCAUCUGAUUUGGGCUGUGUCUCCCGUACCGUUGUCAGCCGCCGCAUUGACGAAGGGCACAAUCAUCGGCUUUUCCCCUCCGCCAGCCACCUCACCCAGCGCCAUCAGGACCAUCCUCACAGGCGACAGCCUAUCAGCCCCCCGACCCUCCCUGUCCCUGCUCGCGACACCCGCCCUCCUCACCGCGGCCAUCAGCGGAGUCAGGCCGCCCUUUCCCGGCAGAGAUGGAUCGGCGCCGCUUUGCAGCAGAGCCAUGACGGCGAUGUCUCUGCCUGAGUUGAUGGCGAGGAUCAGGGGGGAGGGAGGGGGAGGGACUGGGGAAGAGAGGGAUGGGCUGGUGGGCGGAGUGAGCUCGGUUGCAUGCAGCGAUGCGUUGCGUGAGAGCAGCAGCUGGAUGAGCUUUGCGUGGCCCUUCUGACAUGCGUAGUGAAGAGCGGUCCAUCCGUGGUGGUCCUGCUGGUUGACUGAUGGAGGGUGGGCAAUGAAAAAUAGCUGCUGGACCGCCCUCAGCGUCUCGCCGUCAUCACAUGAACAGUGGCUACACACCUAUGCAGCCAACCAACCGCACGACAAACAACUACAGCUAAAGAGAUGCACUUCGUGUCUCACCCACCUCAUGCAGUGGUGUAGAGCCGGAGAUGGUGUCUACAAUGGUCGCAUCACAUCCUGGUGCGUCCGCAAGGCAGGAAAUCAUCUUGCCGCCGCCAUGCGCAAAGGCAUUGCACGCCAGCCAGAGAGCAGUGCGGCCAUACAUGUCUCGCUGGUUGACGUCAUAGUGGCAGUCGCGGAGCAGAUGGCACACCUAGAAAGGGAAGGACACAAAAAAAAUGAGAACAGCCAUCCAUCCAUCCAUCCCACCCUCUUUGUCCCACACCAGGUGUUCGUUCUUUGACAAGACGGCAAGAUGCAGAGGAGGCGGACUGUCUGGACCAGGCGCAAACUGUCCAAGAAGACGGCACGAUGGUUCACACCCUGCCUGCACACAGCAACAGUGCCUUGUCCUAAAUCUGGACUGCAGAAGCUGGUCCUCUUUUCCACUCACCUGGCAGGCGGCGAGGUACGGCCCGAGUGCGUCGCUGUCAUCGCCUCUGCCGUGACCAUCUCCAUCUGAGCUCAAGAAGGGCAGCCUUUUCAGUGCUCUGGAGAGAAACUCAGGUGUGUCGAGUGAAGCCUUUGCUUCCAACUCCAUCAGGGGAGAGAGGGGACAAAAAGAGGAUCGCUGGCUAAGCUCGCAGCCCCUGUGCCUCCGAGUCUCUCCUUUGCACUCUGACAGGCCCCUG